AUGACUGCUCCAGUGUAUCAUCAUAAUUCUUCACGCAAUCCUCAAUCAUCGGAGUUAAUCAAUAAUGAAGCAUCUAUUCAAGAACGACUAACACAUAAUCCACCUAAAAAUCUUUCACCAAUUGAAGUUCAAUGUUUAUAUGAUCUUCUUGGAAAGGAUAGUGUGACUUUAGCAACAUCUGUUGCACAGAUCUUACAUUCAGAUAACAAUAAUUGGAGAAAACAAGUAUGUGGUGUUUUAUGUUUUGUUAAAGAUUACAGUAAACGAAUCUAUUGUUUUCGUGUAUAUGAUCUUCAAUUCAAACAAGCAAUCUAUGAAGAAAUAGUACAUUCUUCAUUACGCCUGGAAAAAAUAGCAAAUGUCCUUUAUACAUUUAAUGGAAUGAAUUGUAAAGUUGGUAUUAAUUUCAUUGAUCAGAUGGAAGCUGAAAUAUUUUGUAAUGAUUUUCAUGCAAAACAAAAUAGUCGACAAAAAAAGAAACAAUCUAAAGAACCAACAAACAAACAACAAAGACCGAUGCCAUUGACUAAGAGUGAAAUUAUAACAAUAUCAACCAAUGAACCUUUACCAAACCCUGAUGAGGCUUCGAAGAAGCAAUCUGCUUCGAAAACUCAACAUAAAAAAUUCAAAGAUAAUCGACCUACUAUAUCUUUACCAAUUCCUUCAAGUUUUACUCAUAUUAUUCAUGCCGGAUCUAAUGAUGUAUUUUUUUUUGUUAAAUUCAAUGAGGCACAUAAAAAAUUAUUUGAAGAAGUAUUAUCUAAUAUGCCUAUAACAACAGAAGAAAAAUUAUACGUUCGAAGCACUGUAACAGAUACAGAUGGUGCUUUAGAAAAACUUUUUACUGAAUCAUUGCCAGAUUAUGGUAAUCAACGACAUGAAAUGUCAGAUUGUCCCCCGAAAAUUCCACCACGUACUUAUUUAACAAUAGGACGAAACAAUAUCCAACGUGGUCCACAUCAAGAUAUUUCUAUUCCAUCAUUGAUCACUAAGAAAACAAAUAUUAUUUGUACUCAAAAUCCAAACAUGUCCAAUACAUCAACUAUUCUCGAACCAGCAAAACCACCAAUAGUUCCACCAAAACCUCAUACUAAUAUAUCAAAUAAUACACAUGCACCUAUUCCAAUACCACCACCAUUACCUCCUCCUCGAAACGCUAGUUUAGAAAAUCAAAACCCAUUUUCUAACAUUCCUCCACCUCUACCUCCUCCUCGAAAUGCUAGUUUAGAAAAUCAAAACCCAUUUUCAAACAUUCCUCCACCUCUACCUCCUCCUCUUCCAAUUUUUUCAUCGGAACAAAUGACAAACAAACCAUCUACACCAUCACCAAAAUUUCAACAUAAUGGUUUCCUUCAAGAAAUCCUUGAUUAUAAUAAAUCUAAAUUAAAAUCAGAGGCAGAACGAUCAACAACGUUGAAAACAUCAUCUACAAAUAAAUCAAAUGGCGAAGUACAGCGUACUCUAGAAGCAAAUAUUCUUGAAAUGAUUGCUCAACGACGACCAGGAAUAAUGGGACGUGAUAAUGAUAAUGAUGAUGAAAAUGAUUUAAACGAAGAUGAAUGGGAUGAAUGA